GUGACAUCUGUGAUCAAUUAAAAGAGGUGAAUUGUGACGCAAAGAAUAAUGAGCACCAGCUGUAACUUGUGUGCUCCACUUUAGAGCUCCAUCACCCGGUCCUGAAUGAAUGAGUGAGCCAGUUAUCUAUGGUUUGCGAGUCUACACACGAAUUCUUUCGCCAUAAAAACGCACUACUUGCCAUUUUCUAAAUGUGGGUCACAUUUUGAAAAUUUUUCUAGGAGGGAAGUCUCAAGUCCACUUAUAAUAAAAUGAUCCAGAGAUGUUUGUCUGCCAAUGGCCUGAGAACGUGGAGGCAAUUGAAGUCCGUUAGGACUUUACAAAAAAUUCAAUAUAGACAGCUAAGCCAAGUUGGCUCUAGCCAAGAGCAGCCGGAAAGAAAAUGGGAAGAAGUCCGAAUACCUGUGCCAUGGGGACAUAUUGCUGGCAAAAAGUGGGGUGAGCCAGAAGAAAUUCCGGUGAUUGCGAUUCAUGGGUGGCGCGAUAACGCUGGAACUUUUGACACUUUAGCCCCCCUGCUCAAAUUCAAUUUCCUCUCGAUCGACUUGCCCGGGCACGGCCUCUCAUCCCAUGUGCCAAUUGGCAUGCACGCACACUACCCGGACUCAAUGGUGACCCUCAGACUUAUCGUCAAGCACUUCGGUUUCAGCAAAAUCUCAAUUCUGGGACACUCGCUGGGCAGCUCCAUCGGCUAUGCGUACGCUGGACUGUAUCCGGAAGAGGUGGAAAAAUUCGUAAGCAUCGAGUGCGGCCGAGCAAGGAUUUUGUGUCACCCCAAGGAUCUGGCAGACUCGUGGGGGGCGACGGUGGACAGUCUGCUGAGCCUCGAGGAGAAACUUGUCCAUCAGAAGUCGCCCGAGUACACCUACAGCGAACUGGUCGAGCGCCAGCAAAAAGGUGCCUUCAUGAGUCCCAGUAUCAAGUCGACGCAGAUCUUGCUCCGAAGAGGCGCUCAACCUUCAAAAUGUGAUCCUGAUAAGUUUGUCUUCACCUUUGACCCCAGGGUGCGGCUUGACUCCUUCAAACGCUUCACUCCAGAGACUUUACUCGCCCUGGGGAGGAAUAUUAAAUGCCAGGUUCUGAAUAUCCACGCCAAUCCAGGGAUGAGCUGCAAACUUGAAAAGGAAUACGAAGAGAGCAUAGAGGUUUUGAAAACCUCUACGUCAAGAUUAGAGUGCCAUGAGGUGUCAGGCACUCACCAUGUCCACCUGAAUAACCCUGAGCGAGUUGCCCCGAUUAUAAAUGAUUUCAUGCUGUCCUGAUUUCAAUAUUAAUUUUAGUAAAAAUUAUUCUUUAAAUGUCUUCAAACUGUAUUGUAAAUUAAAUUCAGCUAUUUAGCAGUUUUUAAUUUUUACAACUAGAUUUGAUUGUUUUUUUUUAUAAUUAUUCUUUCAAAAAUAAAUUAACUGAUUUCAA